CCUUAUAACAAAUCAGAUGCGAAUGAUUGUUUUGAAAAUUUUUGAAGAGAUUAGAUUGCACACUGUGAAGUUAUCACAUGCAGUUUAUAAUCGUCUAUAGAGCAUGAAGUACGUUUUAAAAAAGGGAAAAAUGGCGGAUAACGAUGUAAAUGGUGACUCUGAUGAAGUACAACAGGAGAAAUCACAGAAAAAGGCAGCAAAGUAUGAUAGCGGAGCGGCAGAUCUCGAAAAAGUUACGGAUUAUGCGGAGGAAAAGGAAAUAUCCUCGUCUGAUGGAUUCUCUUGUGCGUUAAGCAUAAUCGGAGAUCGACGGAAUAAAGAAGCUGCGGAGAAGAAGGCGAGAGAAAAGGAAUUGCUAAAAGUUCCUAUUAAGAAGGAAGACGUAGAUCUUAUUAUGAAAGAAAUGGAAAUAAAUCGAAACGUAGCAGAACAAACGCUCAGGGAACAUAGUGGAAACAUUGUGGAGGCAUUAAUUACAUUAACAAAUUGACUGUACAGCAUCAAUUUCAAACAAACACUGACAUAAGAAUCAACUUUAUUGUAAAUUAUAUGGACUUGGGGAUUGUUAUCACUUUGGGUUAUUAAUAAUUUAUUCGUGUAUAUUGCGAAAUAUACUUUAAGCUAUCCUGUAUAUAUAUAUACACACACAUAUAUAUAUAUAUAUAUAUACAUACAUUCUUUUUAUUCAUGUACCUAUUUAUACCAUUUCUUAAGGACACAUCAAUUAGAAUAUAUUGGGGAAUAUAUUAUAUCUCAGGAUAAAAUAAUUGGAACUGUAUGUGUUAUCAGUGUGUUACCAUAUGAUAAGAUUAUAGCCUUUAUAUGUGCAAGGUGUUGAUUGUUAGCUCAAAGUAACGUAUUUACUUGUUUGCAAAAGGUUGAAAGAUUUAUAGUGUAUCUAUACUUUUCUAACAAAUUUUCAAUAAAAUUUCAAUAAAAUUUGGAAAA